ACAAAAAUAAACACUGGAAACCCUACUUUGAAGUGAGAGGCAAGUUGUAGCUUGUAACUGGUUUAUAAUUUUUAUCGAUUUAGAAGAGGCUUCAAGAACAAUCAGACAACAUUAGCUAGAGACUCUCAGUUGGUGGGGAUAGAGACAGACAUGUUAGAAAAUGAGGCAAAACCGACAAUCAGUAAGUCAACUGGCUUGCCUAGGAAGCGUUUUUAUCGAGCAAGAGCACAUAGCAAUCCAUUGAGUGAUUCGCAUUUCCCUGUUCCGAUUUCUCCUCGUCAUGUUGACUACUCGCUUCAUUACCCUCAGUUCUUUUCCUCUUCCGGUGAAGUUGGCAAUAUCAAAAAGGUCCAGUUUGCUGAUGUUGGUUGUGGGUUUGGAGGGUUGCUGAUUAGUCUCUCAACACUUUUUCCAGAGACCUUAAUGAUUGGGAUGGAACUUAGGGAUAAGGUGACAGAGUAUGUGAAGGAACGGAUUUUGGCGUUGAGGACAACAAAUCCAGGUCAAUAUCAGAAUGUCUCUGUGGUUCGGACCAAUUCGAUGAAGUACAUUCCUAAUUAUUUUGAGAAGGGGCAACUUACAAAGAUGUUUUUCCUGUUUCCUGAUCCUCAUUUCAAAGAGAAGAAUCAUCGUCGCCGAGUGAUCAGUCCACAUUUACUUGAUGAGUAUGCAUAUGUUCUCGAGGUUGGUGGCACUAUCUAUUCAAUUACAGAUGUGGAAGAGCUUGGGGAUUGGAUGAAGACUUGUUUGGAGAAUCACCCCAUGUUUGAAGCCCUAACAGAGGAGGAACUCGAAACAGAUCCUGCUGUGAAACUCCUGAGGACAGCAACUGAAGAAGGGCAGAAGGUUGCUAGGAAUGGGGGGCAGACUUUUCAAGCAGUCUACAGACGUAUCGCACCAUCCCUUUGAAACAUUUAGGAACUCUUACGCUGCUCAAGCUCAGUCGUUGGCAUUCCUCCUCUGCACGUUUGUUACUAUUCAUCUUGUAACCAUCUUUUUAUCCAUACAAUAUUUAUGCCUGUAAUUCUUUAGGGCAUCAAAGAAACAUAGAAUACGGAAAAGUUCCGAGGUUCCUUCUGAAUAUUCAUCGAUCUUUGAUUAUUCAUUUUCUGGCUGGCUUUAGCGUGGUUCAA